UAUGGCGGUGUAGAACACGUGUUAGAUACAUGGCACAGAAUAACUUUAUGUUUCAUCCACGUAGGGGUUGAAUUUGCGGGAAAUUCUCUUUAGAAACAUUGAGUUAAGAUGGGUAUCCAAGGAUUACAGGAGUACGUCGAAGCAAACUGUCCAACAGCCUGCGACCAAGUUGAUCUGAAAGCUGUUCUUCAUGGAAAAAAAGUGACCAACACAAGCAAGCCGCCGGUUUUACUUGUCGACGCAAGGAGCUGUUUAAAACAUCUUUAUGGACCCACCCUAGAUUGGGUUUGUGGAGGACAGUGGAAUGAAAUGUUACGAAAUGUUGAGAACUUGACAAGAUCAUUCCGUCAGCAGAAUAUCGAAAUUGUGAUUUACUUCGAUGGCGAAGGCGAUUCCUCUAAGUUGCAUCAAUGGAUCAAAAAUCAAAAAGAAAAAAGACAGUUAACGAGGCAAAUCCUCAGUCAUGUCAUGAAAUUUAGUUGUUAUCCUGGAAAAAGACUAUAUUUUCCGCCACCCGUUGUGGACACGUGCCUUCGACUGGCAUUCCUUAGCUGUGGAGUCUCUGUGUAUACCUCUAUGGACGAUCUCCAUAAAGAGAUGGCGACUUAUUGCCAAGGGGAAGGAUUAGACGGUGUCAUCAGCCAUCAUGCAGAUUUUCUUCUCUUUGACGUUCCGAAUUAUUUUUCCGCCGAUCACAUUAAAUUUUCCAAGAAAGACAUUACAACGAUGCGAUUCCACCGAGAAGCAGUCCUCGACGAACUGAAACUGCACCACGAUCGUCUAGGAUUGUUCGCUAGUUUGCUAGGUACGUCUUUUAUUCCAGAAGACAACCUUGGUUCAUUUUAUUGGAAUCUUUUAGGUCCAGAUCAUCCUUUAGCAAAAGUUCAGGUCAAGGAAAAGCAUCAGCCCAUCUUCCCAGCAAAUGACAUCAUCAUUUCUAGUGUAAUUAAGUUUGUAAGGAAUCUAGCAGAUGUGUCAAACCUUCCAUGGAUUGCACGUCAAGUCUUCCGAUCAGAAAAUGUUGACCUGGCAGAUAUCACUGAAAAACUCAGGAAGUCAGUGGAACAUUAUUCAAGUCCUGAAACAGAGGAAAGUGUGGCGCAGUCUCCUGAUAUCGGCCCAGGCCGCAAACAUAAUGAAUACCAGUAUCAAAAGAUGUGGCAACACUGGCAACAGCACCAGUUUGUUCCAAAACCUGCUACUCCACCACAAAAAAACACAGCAGUCAUUCUACCACAAAACAAUGACAACACAAAGCAAAUUCCAGAUAUCACCGAUAUACAGCAGAAUUUAUCCACACUUCAAGUUCAAGACUCCCCAGAAGCAUCUGUCAUGCAGACAUUACCAUUGUCACCCCCAGGGGACCCCCAAGACUUACAAGUUACCAUGCCACCCCUUUCACCUAACCAUGAAGGCUCCUUGCUGACCCAUCCCUCAGUAUCACCAUCAUCAGUGCUCCCUACCCCACCCUCCUCCUCUGAAACAUCACCAAUGAUGUGCAAAGCUGGGAAAGGAGCUGCUAAUCACACACCCUCUAAUGACAACAUUAAGGAAAGAGAAGAGCCCACAUUUAAAGGAGCAAUCCCAGGUCUGUCACAGCGUGUGCUGGAUGUCACUCUACAGCUUCUUCAAAAUGGGAGAAUGAUAGAAACAGUUUAUCAAGUUCUUACCAAAGCAGAGAUCACAGUUGACACAACUAUUGAAGAUGAGCAGUCACCUGACCGAAUGCCCUCGGCACUGCUCUUUCGUAAAGUACGUCAGAGGGUCUAUGGAAUCUUGUUUGACAUAGCCUCCAAGAGGAAGGAUGGAGGAGCUGAUCUAAGCACCUUAGCAGUCAAGGAAUGGUGUGUCUAUGGUGGCAGGAGGUUAGAUGAUCCUGACAUUGUGGAACCAUUAGUACUUGACUGGGAUGUGCCACCAUUUGAAAGACUGUGGUUCAGCAAAGGAGCUGCAGCAGACAACAACAGGCUCAAGGCUUUCUUGUCGUGUAUGAUGAGCGACACACCCAGUAUGACUCAGACGGUUAUUGUGCCUAAGAGAUUGGUUAUCCUGUGCUGUGUUUUAAGAUAUCUCAUGUCACACGGUCGUAUGGUGUUGUCAGCGCGAGAGCUGGAUGCUUUCCUUGCCCAAUCCCUGUCUCCUCAUUUAACAACAGAGUGCAAUGCUACAAACUUGAGAGAGAUAAAGCUCCAACGUGUAGACGCGCGUGCCGUCCAGCUUGCUUCCAUUUUUAUGCGCGGCGUUCAAGCUGCCAUUUUUGCCAAUGAUGCUUGUGCGGUUCCCAUUCCUUGGGAACUUGUUUGUCCUUGGAAUUACUUUGAUGGUAAACUCUUCCACAGCAAGUAUCUAAUGGUGACGGAAAAUGCCUCGCUUCUUGAACUGUGUGAUGGAAAGAGCGGACGAGUAGAAAAGCUCCAGAGAAUGAGAUGGUGCAUCACUGAAGGUUUACCUCAAGACUUCAGUCUUAACCCUGGGUUGCCAUCUGUCGGAUUGUUGCCACAUUUUCCAGGUCAUCGCGGCGACGGUUUGCUCCCCACACCGGUGCCUUUUACUUUUGGCCCUGUACCGCCAGCUCUUCAAAGUGUUCCGAUGCCGAACUUCUUUCCAGCUGGAGCCAAUAUCCCACAUCACAUGCAAGCGAUGGGCACAAACCUGAGGCGUGGGCGCGGCCCAAACAGCAAGCAACCCGUAUCUGGUCUGGGAGGCCAGGUAGAAGUGGCAGGUGUUCCUAUUGCUCGCUGGUCAGGUAACAAAGCAGGGCGUGGCUACAGCGAUAGGGAUCGCAUCGUGGUUGGAGGUCCAUCUAGCGUGGAGAUGGGCAGACCUGGCAGACGGGGCCGUGGGAGUCUUUGGGGUACCCGUGGAAAACGCGGCGGAGGUGCUGGUACCCGAAAUGUGACUUGGGCAGUGGAAGUUGAUAAAGAAUAUGACAGAAGCAUUGGUUACGUGGAACAACCAGCAAAACCAAAGAAGACGACUAAUAUUACUCAGGUUCGAGAGGGAGGAGAUGGUGGGAAUGACAUUCCCAUCAUGAAUCGCGGACGGGGUGAUGGCGGAAAUGACAUAGAGGCGCUCGUUACGGAUGGAUUAGCCACAGGACUUCCAGUGCACGGAGCAUUACAUGCACAUAAUCUGCCUGGACAGAUACCUGGCGUGCCUCAGUCCCCACAGAUGCAGUUUAACGGGCAGCCGUACAGUUCACACUCCCCAGAGAUGACAGGUCUACCAGCAGGAUCAGGUCUCGACAAAGCACCUGGUAGUCAGGUUCCAAUUAUCCUGGCCAAACCCGGCGACAUCCCUGCAAGCUUAGGGAGGGGGGGUCGGGGAGUGAGUGUUGGGAUGGAUGGAGAAAUGCCUCCAUUUAGUGUGCAACCAGAAAUUGUUGACUCUGGUGGAAAAGGAAGAGGUUGGUGGUGGGAAAAACAGCAACAGCAACAGCAGCAGCCACCUCCUUGAACUAACAAUCAUAGUCGAGUUCGCUAAUCUCAUUUCGUGCUCGAUUGAGACAAAACCUGCUUUAGCGACGAUAUUUUCCUGCCAAUCCACUCAUGUUAACUCGUAUCUCUUUAAUGUAUCAUUUAUUUUAAGGUGAAAUCAGGGGUUUCCGUAAAAGUCGGUUAUCGCCACCUGUAAGUCCUGUUACCGCUCUCUGUUGAGCCCGCAAGCAGGCUCUCGUGUUUGGGUUUCGCCUUACUGUCACUUAAACGGGCACUAUAAGGGACCUUUAGCAGUCAAGACGGCAACGCCAAAGAAGACAUAAAUUGAAAAAUGAAUUUCUAUUUUUAGUUGGAAUUUCGAAAAUGGCUGCAUGUGUUGACCGUUUCUUACGGUGCCACGCCUCAAUAUCAGCAUAGCCGUCGCGGCUUCCGUUUGCUGACGACGCAAAUUUUGGUGAUUUCUCGUUGUUGUUUUGCAGAGGACGGCUAAGAAAUGUACAAAGUUUUAAACCCACGUGCUGGUUAUAUUCAACCAGUUAGAUCUUUUAUUUUGCCACGUCCUCGUUGCCGUCCUCGUCGUGGUUUGCUAAAGGUCCUUGCUGCUUAUUUCACCCUCGGAAGCUGCUUACGGAACGAGGUUUCGAAACCUGUUACAUACGAUAAGGAUAAAUAUUUCAUGAAAUGUGAAAUACUUCGUAUUGACCACAGACGUUUGGUAAUAAUUAUGCGCUAUGUUUACCUUUUUUCUAAGUUGCGCUUUGACGCAGUUUUCUUUUCCAUGAUCAGAGAAUUGAAUACUAAACAGUUUCAUGAUAUUCUGUAGAUUUAUCUUGCCAGUGGUAAGCAUUUCAACGUUUACAUAAUAAAUUUGGUUUUCCAAUCUUUUUCACAUCAAGAAUGAAGGCACAGCGGAUUAUUAUUGGUGCAGAUAAGAACGAAAAACUGGCCGGCUAACCCACAAACCAAAUGUAGGCAAGUUUUGAAAAGAUAUGAUAUGGCUCUUACUGGGAAUCUGUCGAAAAAAUUAGAAUUUUUCCUUCCAAUCACGAAAUUAAUACUAUAGCCUGAAUUAAUUAUGUUGCUAUUCGUUUUGCCAUAUUGUUGUAUUGGCACAGAAAUUGGUGAUAUUGCCGUAAAAGAGUUGUCAAAGGGCACGUUAUGUUUCUGUGGUAAAAAAAGAAGUCCUUUUAAUCUGUUAGUUGCAGUUUAAAACUGGUUAGAGUGUGGAAGCCAGUGCUAGUACAAGAAAGGAGGGGUGGGUUGGUCAGUUUGUCAAGGAAAUUGCGGACAGUCCACAGCGAGAGGUAAAAAGGCGCGAUUUUACAUUCAGUUGUCAAUGGAAUUUAUGUGCUACUGACUUCUCAGGGUUUUAUUAACUUAACAACUGGAUUGAAAUUAACUUUUUUUAUUAAACGUGUUUUGGUAUUGAAUUA